AUGAACAGAGAUGACGAUGGACAAUGGUUUGUGCAAUGCCGGGUGUAUUGCAUCUUACUCACUGUUGUCUCUGCAGUGUCACAGUGGUGCCAGCAGUUUCAAUUCACAGGUCGUAGAAACAGUCCAGAGACACCGGAACAGAAACUGCUGCAAGGUUUGCAGAUUUUGUUGAAAGAUACUUUGCAGGCCUCUAGCUCCGGAGCCUCAAACAAAAAAGGCAAGGGUAAGGGCUCCGGCAAAAGUAGUGGUAAAAGCCUACCUUCCAAACAGAGAGAUGCGAACCAUGAUGGCAGCUAUGGGCUGAUUCAAGCCUUGCAAAAGCUAACUGCCCGAGCCGCAAAGAAACCACAAGGGUUGCUCCAAAGGUUGAAAACAUUGGUUCAAGUUACUGAACGUGGUAUGUUGCGACCAAACAAGAGAAAGAAAGAUCUGCCGCCGCAUGAGGCGGUCCCGCCAGUGAAACCAAGCACACGAUUCAAAAGUUCAGAAAAUUUGGUAGAUGGUGCUCCUAAGCCAAAAACACGAUGGCAACGCGACAGAUCCUGGAAAGCCCGUGCCCAGGACUGGGGCGUCAAAACUGUUUUGCGUGGCCCCACAGCUCUGUGCAACGCUCUUGACAGUGGGGACACCGGUGCUCUCCUGUGUCAAGUACAAAAUCUGGAUGAUUGGAAUGAAGCCCUCCAAAUUUCUCAUGCUGCUGGUCGCACCAAUGUCACGGUUGUUCUUGAAGCUGCACCUAACAUGUCUCCAGAACUUGGCAAAUUGAGAUAUCAUGGUUGGACAGCCUUGAACACACGUGCAGCUGGUUAUGCCGAUGAUAAAUUGGUGCAGCGCUUGGUUUGGAUUGCGCGGUGCUCGCCAAAUGCACCCACAUUGGUUCCAGGAUCCGUGCUGACAGGCGCCAGGCGGCCUGUUGUCCAGAAACACGGCCAUGAAGCUGAAAACCUGGUUCGAGGAUUUGCUCGCGUCAAAGGCAAAGACAGGGCCCUGCAGUUGAUUAAAGCGAGCGGCUCAGAACACAAAGGAAAUGUCCAGCCGUUGAAAGCAGAAAAUGAUGAUGAUCGCGGUAACGAAGCUAUGGAUGUCAGUCUGAUUAGCGUCCCAGAUGCAAGUGAUGUUGAGGAUGAGCCCAUGCAUGUCCAGGGCACCAAACGCAAAGACCAGGCCAUGUUGACCAGCCCGCAAAAAACUGGUCAUGACAAAAAGAGGAUGAAAGUGCCCGAGAGGCUUCAAAAAGUUCCGAACCCUGGGGAAGGGAAUUGCUUGUUUUACUGUCUAGCUCAGGCGGAGUCUACCCCAGGUAAGUCCCGCAGCCACAGGCAGGUGCGUGCAUUUGUUGUUGCCUACAUGACCAAACACUUCAAGAAAUACGAGGAUUUCUGGGACGGUUUAAGCCCGAGCAACAUUCCCAUGGAGGGUGGGUUUGACGAUUAUUUACAAGCCCUUGAAAAAGAUAAAGCUUGGGCGGGAUAUUGUGAAAUCGAAGCAUAUGGCGAAGCCAUGCGCCGACCUGUACUUGUUGUGCAUGCCAAGGACAAUGUUGUCCAUGCUUUUAAUAGUCAUGGCGAUAAGGAUGUUGUCUGUCUCUGGUACAAGGAUGAACAUUAUGAGCUUAUUGUUCCUUCAGACGCAGAUAUUCAGGCCCUGUGGCAGAAUGCUGAAGACGGUGGCACCAAGGGUUACCGCGGGGCCGCAAAGAAGGCACGCUUGGCUGCCGACAAUGCCUCUAUUUGCCUUUCACAAUUUGCAACUCCCAAAUCCAGCAGGCCAAGCCCAAGGUUGACCGAUUUUGCCCAGAGCACCCCUGCCAAACGGAGUGCAUGUCUGACUGAUUUUGCAUCAACGGCCAAACCGAGCCGUCAAAAGACCGAGCAAUCAGAAGCCGAGCCAUGUGGUUCCAACCCAUCUGCCGCAUCAGCUUCUGCGUCUGUUGCCACUGGGCGCGACCGGGAAAUCACGUGGACAUGUCACAUUUGCAAUGUCUCUUUCACUGACAAAGCAUGCAUCGUUUCAAAAAGACGUACGGAUCACAUUAGGCGUACGCAUCGUGGUACCCCAACCACCAAUUUUAAAAAGGCUGUUGAUCAGUACAGGGCUCCGGUUACUGCCGUAUCGUAUGGGCCCACUCAUGCUGCUGUUUCUUGGACUUGUGGUUUUUGCAUGGGCACCCUCCCCAUUUUGCCUAAGACACAUCAGAAAGCAUCAAUCGUUGCUCAUUUGCGCUCCUGCGCCAAGGCCCCAAAAGGGGCCACCAGAGGCGACUCCAUUCUUCGCCUUUGCAAGAGAGCAAGCGUGUCACCUGAUGUACCUCACAGAAGCAUUUUGCCUUGGAAGCUGAAGCAUCGCCAGAUGUAUGUGCAACUCAACAAGUUUGCCAAGGAGCAAGGACACUCCCUAUCCCAAGUGCAGAGACGUACUACUGGAACGAAAAAAUUGGCUGGUGGGUCGAAAAAAGUUAUUUUCUUCAUGGCUCAGCAUGCUUGUUCCAUUUGUGCUGGUUACUGGAAAACUGAGAAGUCCGUGAGAGCUGCAGGUCCUUGUGGCGGGCGGACUGCUCGUGCCGAGUGGUUAGCCAUGCCUGGUCGCCAAAAAUGCUGGCGUCAGGCUCCCAAAGAGCGCCAAGAGGCGCUGCACAAGGCUUGGCGUUUGAGUGCUACUGAGCGUAGGAAGCUUGAUGAUGCUUGGGCUAGCGCCAAGAAAAAGUCGCGCAAGAAGUGGCCGCCUAAGUCAUGGAAACGCGAUUUGACUGCUGAGAAUAUACACCCCCAUCCAGGCCCAGGCCAUCCUGACCACUGGAUUCUCUCGUGGAAUUGCCGUGGAUCGUGCAAUGCUUGGAGGGGCCUAAACUUGCUUCAGGAUGAGGGUAAUUUGCCUUCUGUUUUAUGUCUUCAAGAGCCUGACUUCGAGCCUCGUCAAGGCUCCCAGUAUGUUGAAAGGCUUCAGAAACUUGGGUACAAGUGUUGGACCAUUCCGGCCAAACCUAUUCGCACACUUAAACGUGAAUUUUACCGAGGUGGUCUUUUGGUUGCAUUGCGAGAGCAUCUCAGAGGAGGCAUCUGGGACACACUGGCUUGCGAUGAAGGGUAUGUCAUGACUUUGGAUCUUCAAUCGUGCCUACUUUCCUCAGUUUGGCGCCGGCCAAGCCAACUUGAUGGUUUGCAAUUUUUGGAAUAUGUUGCUACGGUCACUGAAGAAGCACAACGCAGGCAGAUACCUGCACUUUGGGUAGGUGAUUGGAACGAAACUACUGAUGACAACGCCGCAUCCAUUUUCUUGAAUGGCAGUGUUCUGGCUGUCACGGAUCCUGAUCAAUGGGUGCCUAGCCGGUUCGAAGGUAAAAGAUGUCUUGAUUACGGAAUUCUCAGCGGCGGGUACGGUUUUGCUGAUUGCCCGCGUUACAGUGAAUGUAAGAUUUCUGAUCACAAGAUGUUUUGGCUUAGAUUGCGCUUGCCCAUUUUCCAGACUGAUACGUGGAGGUUCGCUUGGCGGCCUAACUAUGAAUGUCCUCCGGAAGUGCCUGUUGAGCAAUGGCGGGCCGUGCUUGCAGAACAAUGGGCCGCUUACGUGCCAUGUUUUUCUCAGGAUCCCGACCAAGAUUGGGAAUAUUUUCACCAGUUUGCUGAAAAGAGCAUGCGUGAAGCAUUGCACUUGUGUGGCCAGCCCGUGCCUAGGCCAGGCCAUGCGCGCGGGAAUUUGCCUCGUGUGAUCAAGGCUGAACGCCCCCAGGUGAAUACGUUCCCUGCCAGAAAACUUGUUAAUGUGCUUGGUCGUCUCUAUGAAGUGAAGCGACAGUUAGCCAAGUCCCAGGGAGACAAAAAGCUUUUGCAAAAAUUAUGGUCGACUUGGCCGUCUGAAUACAAUGAGCUUUGGGGGUCUUGGAACCACGCUAUUGAAGUGUUUGAACAACGCAUUGCGCUUGAAAACAGGAAGUCCAAGAACCAAAGGCUGACCGAGUGGCGUACCAGAAUGCGCCAGGGGGGCAAAGAGGUGACCCGGUGGAUGAAGCCUCACAAACCUCCAACACCACGCUCUGUUUCCGAAGAUUCUUGCGCCACGAUCACGCAAACCCUUGAUUGUAUUCGUUCUUUUUGGCAGCGUAUUUGGAAACGUGAUGACCUCGUUCCACACUUACCCCCGGAAUUUAGAACAAUGGAAGCCCUGGCUGGACCCCAAACUGAUUGGAUGCCAGAUGCUGCCCUCAUCCAUCAGGCCGCUCUCAGAGCCUCGGGGUCUGCAGCCGGAUGUGACGGUUGGUCCGGCAGCGAAGUUUGCCAUUUCCCGCUUGUUGCUUGGGAUCACUACCGUGAUUUGGUUUUGCAUUGGUCUCAGUUAAAACAAUUCCCACAGGCAUGGCUGCAGGUUCGUCAGGUUCAUUUAAGAAAGGAUGACAGUGGGACUGUAGGGUCUUUGCGGCCUAUUGCAGUUGAAAGCAUUUUUCUUCGGUUGGUCUCCUCAUCUUAUGUGAGGACCCCACAGGUUCAGGAAUGGAUUGCGUCUCGGGUCCCCGAGCAGUGCCAUGGAGGCUUGAAAUCCCGGGGGGUUGCCACGGCAUGGAGGCAACUCAAUGAAGCGUUUGAAAACCAGGAAGUUCUUGCUUCUUUAGAUUUCUCCAAAUGUUUUGAUUUUGUCCACCCAGGUUUGGCCAUUGAAAACAUGCAACUGCAAGGGUUGCCAGAUGAGUGGGCUAACAUUUUGAUGUUUGUAUGGGGUCAUCAAGUGCGAUGGCUGUGCUUGGGGAAAGCUGUGCACCCAACGCCGGAGCAUGUCCAGACCUCCAUGCCGCAAGGUGAUGCCUUUGCACCUCUGGCUCUUAUCAUGUUGCUCAUUAGGCCCCUUCAUGAUGUGUCUUCCAUUCCAGACUUGCGUCAGGUUGCAUACGUUGAUGAUCGCGCUUUGAGCGCGCCUAAUGUUCCACGUUUAAUUGCUGGCAUCCAUAGAUGGCGCAGCUGGAGUGCCACUUUGGGUCUCCAUGAAAACGUUCAAAAAAUGCGUUUAGUUGCCUGCACUGCGCAACAAAAGCAAGAGAUCAAUGACGCAGGGUUUGGUGAGUAUCUCCGACCGGCCACUCGGGUCUUAGGUAUUGACUUUAAGGAAAGUGACCUUAUUGUUUCCCCUGUUCUUGAAAACCGUUUGCAAGAAGCAGUGUUUGCCGCUCACCGUUUGCAGAAAUUGCCGGUUGCCCGCGAUAUCAGGAUGUCUUUGUACAGGUCCAGAAUCAUUUCACUCGCCACCUGGGGCGCUUGGUUUGAACGAUUGCCGCAGUCACAGUUGCCUUCGCUUCGAAAGGCAUGGCAUGCCAUUUCCUAUCUGCAAGGUAACGCUUCGAGACCUCUUUUCAACCUGCUUGUAGGUCAUAUGUAUCAUGCUGAGUUUUGGGCCACCAUGUCUUCCAUUCGGACCAUGCGCCAAGUUCGUGCCCCUUGGCGAAGGAUGCCACGACCUGGAGGCUGGCAGAGUUUCAUUUGCGCACGCAUGCGAGAGCUGAACUGGGAAUUUCGCGGUCCAUGGAUGUUUGCACAUGAGGAUUUGGGUCAUGUCGAUUUAUCCAAUCCAGAUGAAGCUGUUGUGAAACUCACCGAGCACAAGGUGAGAGAAAGUUGGCGCCGAGUGCAAUUUGCCCUUUGGAAAAAGCAGAACCGCCGUGAUAGGCAUUAUUUGCUUGAUGUGCCGUAUGAGGAAAGUCGUGUUUCCGAUGCCCGCAAGUUGUUCUCUCUCACGUGUGAUAGUCAUCAGAGGGCCGUAAUGCUUGGUUCUGCGCAUUCCACGGCAUGUUAUGAUAAGAUGCGUGGACACGAAGUGAGGGAACAAUGUCCCUUUUGCGGUGAGCAAAUCCCACCUGUCUGGGAACAUCUCUCCUGGCAUUGCUCCGCCGAACAGUUGUCUUCCGGCCGCCCUGAGGUCCCUGAAGAUGAAUUGCAAAAUCGUCUUGCUUGGCCCACACGUGGGUGUGAUGCAUAUGAUAGAGCGGUUCUUCACCACAUGGCCCGGACGUUCAUAGCUGCACAAUGUGCACUGGAUAAGCUCAGAAGCAAUCAUGAAGGACACAUUCUGUUCGUGGCACCUUCCAUUGCCCUUGGCCUCUACUUCGUGCGGUGGCUCGCUCAGAGCCCUCCAAGCCAUGGGAAGCUUCAUAUGUUGUUGAGGCGCAUUGUGUUGAUGGAACAUCCAUACCAACAUUUUUUGAGCUUGCACGUUGACGGUGACCGCUUGGGUUGGACGACCUUGCCCGAUAGCAAGAUGCGAUUUCUCUUGACCAUCAUCGAUGAAGCACAUGAUAUUUUCUGUACAGAUGGGAACCGCACUUUUCUGGAAGAGAAGAUUGAGGCACCACGAGAAGUGCUGUUUUUGUCGAGCGUAUCCCAAAACUCAUUUGGUGCAGUGGACUUUCCACCAGCCAAAAAGAUCACAAUGACCCAAGUGGUGCGCAGUACGCAGAGGAUCGUGGCUGGGGCAGCUGCAUUUCAAGCAAGUGCGGCAGAAAAAGAUCAGAUCGGCUCAUUAUGCCCAGCUGGGCCCCCUCUGAAGGCUUUCCUCUUUGAGUCUGAUGGACAGCUUUACGAAAACUAUGCCGAACACACUGUAUCUGCAUUAUUUUUUGUCAUGUGCAUCUACGCUGGACUCAGUUUGCACAAGCGCCUGGCGCUUUUGGUUCCCAACCCUGACUUUCUGGAGGAGUUCCGAGAUGCGUUGCAAAGACAUUUCUUGACGGCACACCUUGCAGGGCGAAACUUCAAGCUGAUAUCGUUUACUGAGUCGCUACGCAUGCUCCCAAACGUCAAAGCGAAGCAGGCCACACAUGCAGACAAUGCAGAGAUGAUAUUGCUGGACACAGUGGAGAAUGCAAAGGGACUGGAGUCACUCAUCGUGGUGUGCAUUGGUCUUGAUCAAAGAGUUGCUGACCAAAGUGCAAAUCAGGUUGGACGUUCCAUUAUUUAUCAGGCUAUCACUCGGGCGCAGCUUCAGGCAGUGAUUGUGAACCAGCUCCUCCGAGGAGGUUGGCUGGAAUUCUUGGGGGUCACAAAAUUCAAAAGUGAUACCUUCAAUGAAUCCACAGCCAUGGCCGAGACCACCACUGCUGCUGCUGAAGCCUUGACGAAAGUGCAGCUGCCAUCGAAGUUGGCCGUUCAGGCCUCGCAGGAAGAUUCAUUGACAAGAGAGGAUGCCAGGGUCCAAAGAGAUCCUCUGAAGCCAGAUGCUGUGCCACCUUCAAAGCCAAUGUUGGAAGAAGGUCAAGACCCCACAACUGCACCUGAGGCGGGUGACAAGCCCGGUGACAAGUUGGUCGUGGAGAUCAAGGGUUCAUCUGUGUGGGACGCCGAUGUCAUUGACAUCAAGGAGCCGAUCUCACAGCUGCAGUUUGACCCUCGAUCACCCACGGGAAAAGCUGAGGAAGAGGUAGCAUCCUUGGAGGCUGAAGAAGUCCGAGAAGCCCGAGAAGCCCAAGAAGCUGCCGAUGCAGAGGAAGCUGCAGAAUGCGACAACAACAUCCUCCUGGCGGCCAGCCGCGGUCACCUCGGGGGGAUCCGCCACAUCCUGCGGACGGUGCCCGGCGCCGUGGCUGCGAAGAACAGAGCUGGCGACACCGCGCUGCACUGGGCGGCGCGCCACGACGGCCGCGCGGAGAUCUGCCGGGUGCUGCUGGCGGCAAGGGCCGAGGUCGACGCCAGGAGCGACAGCGGUCGCACCCCGCUGCACUAUGCGGCGUACUGGGGCCAAGUGGAGGCAGUGAAGCUGCUCGUCGAGGCGAAAGCUUCCGUGACUGUGAAAGACAGCGAAGGCAACACUCCGUUGGACGAUGCAAGAAGGAAAGGCCACGACGAGAUUGUAACAAUGUUGAAGCGCGCAGAAUCGGGAGCGCGCAGCCUGAAGCUACAAUGAAAAUUGGCAUUGAACGGCUCCGCAAUUGUGUGAUCUUCUGGAUUGAUGUUGAUGUUGGGCCUGUGGGGCCUUCCAUGUUUCACACACGCAGAAUGGAUACCAAAAUGCACAAAACUGUGUAUGAACGCGAUGCGAAAACUACAGUGCGUAGAGGUGACUGUCUUGCAAGAGUUUGCGCAAUGGACAG